CCGCUCGGAGCCCCUCCUCCCACGCUCCGGUGCCCCAGCUGCCUAGGCUGUCGGGUCCCCUCCCACAGCCCCCAGAAGACUGCUUUGCGUUGCUCAGGGGCCGAGGGCGCGCGUGACUCUCGUCCUCAAUGUGAAGGGUGUGUCUCCGCAGCCGAGGGCGUAGAAGUGGGGACGCUGCAUCCUCGGGGCCGCUGCACUCGCUUUCCCUUCGUUGUCGCGAACUCAGUCAGCCCGGGAGGCACCCCGUGACCGGUGCGAUGAGUGCCAACGAAGACCAGGAGAUGGAACUGGAGGCAUUGCGUUCCAUUUAUGAAGGAGAUGAAAGUUUCCGGGAAUUAAGUCCAGUUUCAUUUCAAUAUAGGAUAGGUGAAAACGGUGAUCCGAAAGCCUUUUUAAUAGAGAUUUCCUGGACAGAAACCUAUCCCCAGACCCCUCCAAUCAUAUCUAUGAACGCCUUUUUUAACAACACCAUAUCAUCAGCUGUAAAGCAGAGCAUCUUAGCCAAGUUACAGGAAGCAGUGGAAGUUAAUCUCGGGACUGCCAUGACGUACACGUUGUUCGAAUACGCCAAGGACAAUAAGGAGCAGUUCAUGGAGAAUCACCAUCCCAUUCAUUCUGCUACAUCCAUAAGCAAUAUCAUCUCAACUGAAGCUCCAAACACAGCCCCAUCCAGUAAGAAAAAAGACAAAAAAGAACAACUUUCAAAAGCCCAGAAACGUAAGCUGGCAGAUAAAACAGAUCACAAAGGAGAACUUCCUCGAGGAUGGAACUGGGUUGAUGUGGUGAAGCAUUUAAGCAAAACUGGCUCUAAAGAUGAUGAAUAGUUCUUGGAAUUUGAGACGAGGGAAGCGCAUCCCUUAAAAAGUAAACGGGGUUCAGAAUCUUUCAUUACUCUUUUCUGGAAUUGAGGUGACUUUUUAUAAAACAAUUUUUUUGUAUGUUUCUUAUGUAAAAAGAAAUGUUUUAAGCUGAAAGUUCAUGAAGAGAUCUGGUUGUGUUAAAUUAUUUUCACAAACUUGCCUUAAUAAAAGGUGAACAUUACUACUGUUUAGUAUGCUCUGGAAGCCAGUAGGGCUUUGUAAAUGGACACAUAUGAGCAAUUAUAAAUAAUGUGCUAAUUUAUAUAAUCUGAUUCUAGUGGAUGUGAUUUUUUAAAGGAAUAUGAAGCCCUUUUCAGUGCUCAUCUCGAUGGAGGGAAUUCUGAGUGAGCAGUGAGUCCAGCAUGUGAUCCAUGUCAGUAGGCUUCUCGUCUUUUAAGUCCUCAUCCGUUCUUUCUCUUAAUGACUGAAGCAUAAAUUGCUUCAGAGAAAUUUAAAUACUAGAAUUUGAACUUUAUACAUACUAUUUGUAGUUCCUUUUUAUUUUUCAAGGGUGAACUGCUUUUUAAUAAAUGAGUAUUUGUUUAUCCAUUUCUCUUGGUUUGGGUCAUGACUUUUGAUCACAGAGCUUUCAUGGUAUGUGGAAGAGGAGAAAGAAAAAAACCCCAAAUCUGCCAAAUACAUUAGAAAGCAUUUGAACAGAAGUGCUGUUUCCUAUUUAAAACAUUUCUCUUUGCUACAUAUACCAAGGUGGGGAUAAAAGAUGCCUUAAUAUUUAAUUUUUUAUGUUACUAGAGACAGUGGUUUUAAUAAAUUCCUAUUUAUCUGUCAUUGUA